CUUAGUAAUAAUGCAUUUACCAUCAUAUCACACAUUCCCACCUACCUACCCUACUCUAUAUAUAGAGAGUAUUUCCAACCCAUCUCCAUCCAUCAUACCACUCACUCACUCACUCACCUACCGAACCAAAUCAACCCAACCCAACCCAACCCAACCCUCCAAAUCCCAAAUCCCAACCCCCAAGUCCUACUUCCAUUAUCAUCAACCAUUUAUCAGACUUUCUGAAUCCCAACCUGGACCAUUCAAUUAACGAGCCACCUACUACCUCACCUACUACCUAUUACUACCUACCAGGUAGCACGGUACAGGUAUCCUACCUAUUAUCUACUUAGCCGGUCAGCAGGUUGCAUUAGCGCCCGUGCGGUUCUUCAAGUGCGCAACGCAACUUUCGGUCGGUUUGGGGACGGGACACCCUUG